AUGGCAAACUUUUCCGAUCUCCUCCGGGAGAUCCGAGACAUGAUUUGGGCGCUUGUCCCACGGGAUUACCACCCUGGCGUUCAUAUCUUUGGGCACUACGAUGAGAACCAGAAAGGCAUGGCUGAGGGCCGAUCUAUGGUGCAUGGUAGCCUCUUCAGUGGUAUACUAUCCGAGCCGUCACCCGAUAGAUACUUCAACAACCUGGACAAGGACCGCAAGAACGAGAACAUCUCCACGUAUCUCAUCGACGGUGCAAUGUGGAAUACCUGCAAAGAGUCACGACUUGCCAUCGAAAAGCGUUUCAAGCAGUAUGAGUGGCCUGCUCAUAAACUGUGGUGGCAUUUUCGAAGUGAUCUGAGAGCUUGGAGUGAGUAUCCUUACCACUUGGUGUUUGAGGUGCCUUCAACAGGGCACUUCGAGGGAAGCUCUCCGCACUACUUGACUUGGUUCCCUCACAGAGACCUCUUUAUCUUCCAAUUUGAUAAACUGGACAGUGUCGAUUGGCACUUCGUUGGGUCUCGUCCAACGCGGGGAGGACUCCGGCCGCUGUGGAGAAGACUCCAGCACAUUGCAAUUGAGUAUAACCCUGAGUGGUGGGACGAAGUAUCCGCCUCUCCAUUUCCCUGGGACCGGCCAAAUUUCAGCAAGUUGAUGGAUGCUGCUUUUGAGCUGAAAGAUUGUCAGAAAUUGUGGUUCAUCGAUCGCACUCUCAAAAGGAGAAAGGACGCACCGACUUUCAAGGAGGAGGCUUACUGCCAUACAAGACUUAACGCAUUCUACGCUAGAGAUAGGAAGUUCCUAGAAAUCGAUUGCGGCCUCUGCCCUCCUUUGCGCCCGUGGAGCGCUUGGCGCAGAUGGCGUAUCUCGAGCCCUGAUGAUGGCAUACUGAAGAACUGGGAAUAUGUAAAGCCCGUGGGUGACACAUCGAGUCAAAGUGGCAGUUCGUCGAUUGAUUUUGUGCGGCAGCUGGAAGAGAGUAUCUGCCAAGAGCAUAGCGAUGGGAUCAAAACUCUUGGUUUCGAUUCCCGGGGACGCAAGUUUCAUUGCAGGAUUGGACUUCUUGGCUGGGAGGAAUUGUGA